AUGGCUUUGUCAUCUUGGUACGGGUCCCGUCUUGCAAAACUGCUGCUGGCCUGGCGCCAGAGUGAUGCAGCGGUGACCGCAUCGUGCCGUCAAGCCAUGGCAACCACUACAUGCCAAAUCGACUUCCAUCGACUUCCGCAUCCCGGUCUGUCGCCUGUACGAGAUACGGGCAUGUGCUGGUCAGCCUCGUUCGCUGUCAGCAUGGUCUCACAAGGCGUGCGGCCACCCACCCCAGCCUCAAAGGCACACGAAACAUGCCCUGCGCUCCACUGCAUUGCCCAAACUUUCUCACCUCUUGCACGCUACUUACCAAUCACACCCCGACACAACGCUCACCGCACCAAAAAAGCCACCGCUGACUGUACCCGCGCCAUAGCUACCGUCCGUCGCGACGUCUGA